AUGAACUCUAGGGCAGCUCAUGAGCUCAGCAGUGGUGGUCCCUGGGCUCUAGAGUACAGGUUCAGUAGUGUGGCACACAGGCUUAGAUGCCUCACAGCAUGUGGGAUCUUCAACCAGGGAUCAAACUCAUGUCUCCUGCAUUGGCAGGCAGAUUCUUUACCACUGAGCCGCCAGGGAAGCCCCACAAUUGAUUUUUGUAUGUUGAUCUUAUAUCCAAUAUUAAAGCUAAAUGAACUCAGUGAUUUUAAGAGUAUGUUUGUAAAUUCUUUCAAUUGUCUUCAUACACAAUCAUGCUUCUGUGAAUACUGA